UGCUCUGGGUCUGUGGGUACCGGGCAGUGCGCUAGUGGUCGUAUCACUGAGCCAUGGGCCGGGCCGGGAGAUUCAAGCGGCCGAGGGGCUGUCGCUGCCUCCCCCUCACUCGCCCGCUGGUUUGUUGUUGCUCCUGUUCCCCCAGGCCCAGCGACGAUGACGGGGAAGGAUCCCGCGUCCCCCCCUGGCUCCGCGCUGCCCGGCUACCUCACGCUCUGCCUCGUGCUGUGGGCUCCCAGGCUGGUCCCAGCACAGUUCACAGUGAGGGGUCCUGAGCGCCCUAUCGCCGCCUCCCUGGGUGGGGAGGCCGUCCUGUCCUGCCACCUCUCCCCCCGGAUGAGCGCCGAGAGCAUGGAGGUGAGGUGGUUCCGAUCCCAGUUCACUGCAGCUGUGCAUGUGUACCGCGACGGGCAGGACCAGUUCGGAGAGCAGAUGCCGGAGUACCGAGGGAGAACGGAGCUCUUGAAAGACAACAUCACCGACGGGAAAGUUUCCCUGAGAAUACGCGAUGUCCGGCCCUCCGACGAGGGGCAGUACACGUGUUUGUUCCAGUCCAGUGUCUUUUAUGAGGAUGCUUUAUUGGAACUGGAGGUGGCAGAUUUGGGCUCUGUUCCUGACAUCGCGGUGGAGGGACAUCAGGACAGAAGGAUCCGGCUGGUGUGUCGAUCCUCUGGAUGGUUCCCGGAGCCCAAGGCUGAGUGGAGAGAUCAGCAGGGGCAGCACCUGCCAUCAGCCUCGGAAAGCAGCUCCCAGGAGGCGGGGGGCCUGUUUGGGACAGAGAUUGCCAUCGUUCUAACGGAACGGUCCAGCCGGAAAGUGUCCUGCCGGGUUUGGAACCCCCGUCUCAACCAGGAGAGAGAGUCGGCGGUUUCCAUAGCAGAGCUGUUUUUCCUGAGGUUCAAGCCUUGGAUGGUGGCCAUGGGGGUGACCCUGGCUAUUGUGUUUGUUCUCAUCCCUCUGGCCAGUUACUGCUCCUGGAGGCAGCACCGAGCGAAAGGCAAACUCCAGGCACAGCUUGGCAAACUCAAGGAGGUGCACAGCAAACUCCAGGCCGAGCUCGGGUGGAGAUGCGCCCAGCUCUGCGCAGUGGACGUGACGCUGGAUCCAGACACGGCUCAUCCCAAACUCGUCCUGUCUGAGGAUGGGAAAAGCGUGAGACACGGAGACACGCGCCAGGAUCUGCCCGACACCCCCGAGAGAUUUGACCCUUGUGUCUGUGUGCUGGGCGCCGAGGGGUUCGUGGGCGGGAGGCAUUACUGGGAGGUGGGGGUGGGGGACAAGCCUGCCUGGGACCUGGGGGUUUGCCGGGAAUCUGCGAGCAGGAAGGAGGAGAUCGCAUACUCACCUGAGAACGGAUACUGGGUCGUGUGGCUGAGGGAUGAGGAAUACAAGGCCCGCACCUCUCCCCCGACCCUCCUCUCUGUGAGCGCCAGGCCCAGCCGGGUGGGGGUUUUCCUGGACUACGAGGCGGGCGAGGUCUCGUUUUACAAUGUGACUGACAGGUCCCGACUCUUCACCUUCACCGACACCUUCUCCGGGACGCUGCGCCCUUUCUUCUGUCCUGGUCUCAACGCCGGGGGCACCAACGCGGCUCCCCUGACCAUCUGCCUGGCGCCAGCCCAGGCCGGAGAGGAUCCCAGCCCAGCCAGCGAGGAGAGAGGAUCUCAGCAGGGAGAGCCGAGCGAUUCGCCCGGCCGGGCUGAGGCAGAGGGUAGGGAGGAGGAGAUACCUCUCUGCUCCAGCGAGGCUGGGUACACGCCAAAUGGUUCCUAGUAGUACUGGCUCGGCCCUGCCCAAACUGGAUGGAAGGGUUUCUGGGGGGUCAGGAAAUGCCAUCAAAGCAUCUGUAAGCGCUACCACUGCAUCCCUCUGCACUGGUUCCCACGUCCGUUUCUGAUCUUUUUGAGAAGUUGGCAGAGCGAUUUUGCUUUUUCACUCUAAUUCUCCGUAAAAUCCCAAGAAAAGCCGGCCGCACCCAGAAAGGAUCUUGAUGUCCCCUCCUCUGUCUGGGCCGGUCAUUUGGAUAUUUACUCUGUGUUGUGCCAGGAUCACAGGAUGUGCCCGGAAUGGGACUGGUUCCUUGACGGCCACAGGGAAACGAAAUUCACCAACUCACGCUUGGUCCUCAAAGCCGACCACACCCUCUGUCCCAACCCUGCCUUUCCGGGAAAAGACAGGAAUGGCACUAAAAAAAAAUGUUUCCUCUCAAGGACUUGCAUGUCCCUGAGCUGCUAAAUGCCCCACAACUAGCCACCCCGCCUCAGCACUGUCUCUGGAGUCAGAUGGCUCGUCUCUCCACGGUCAGAGAAAUUGAUACAGAGAGAGGGGAGGGAAACAUCUGGCACUUGUUCACAGCCAUGAGUCCUGACUCCUGUUUCCCCACCCCUCAGCGCUAACCACUAGGCCACACUCCCAAUGUGGCACACACACCCCUCCCAGCAUUCCCACUUCUCUGGAGAAACUCCCACCAUGAAUCCCUCAAUCUCCAGCCUUCCCCACCAGCUGUAAGGGUAGUUCAAUGUAUGUCUGGUUUGUCACGUUGGAUAUGACAGGGUAUCCCUGUUCCAAUCAAAAUGGAGGAACUGGCAUCGAUUUUGUAAAACAAAAUGGAAGACGAGCCACACGCCCUGGGUCUGUCAGAUCCUGAUUUUCCCGCCUUUGGCAGAAAACAAGUAAACAAGUUCUGGUUUAAACUGGA